AUGGACAAGCUGCGGCGGCUCGUUGACGACGCGUCCAGCGCUAUGCAGGACAAGCUCAAGAGUGGCGAGAAGGAGCUCCGUCGAGCAGCGAGCGACGCUGGAGUGCGGGCUCAGCAGGUGGCGUCUGACGCAGCCGACGAGACCAAGCGCCGCCUGCAGCGAAAGGCGGUAGAAGUCAAAGACGCUGCCAGACACAAAGCCGAGGAUGUGCAAAAUGCGGUCAAGCAUAAAGCUGAGGAAGCACGCGCAGCGGCGACCACAAAGGCCCGCGGCAUUGGCAAUACCAUGCUGCAGAACCUGCGCAGCAACCAGGAGCACGCCACGCGCCAGCUGCGUGAGAACGCCAGGUUGCUACAACGCUCGGCGAGUGACACAGUCGACGACCUGAAGAAGCGCGCACAGCAGAGCGCCACGGAGGCCACAAGCGCUGCUCAGGAUCGCGUCCGAUCCUCUAUGUCGGAGGGAACGGCUGAAGAGGACGUCGUCCUGCUGAUGCUGGGCUUUAUCGGGGUGUUCCUCUAUGGUUUUGGGUCGGCCAUGCCUCAUGCCAUGGCGAAGUACGCGCUGGAAAGAGCCAAGCUGGAGGGACAGGCAGCAGUGGAGAUGGAAGAAGCGGCUACAUCAGCUGCAAAGAAAUGA